AUGAAACAUUUGUACACUAUAUUUGCUACGCUACUCAGUCUGUUAACGAUAACCAAAACACAAUCACUAGGCUGGAAGUUGCAGCAUGAUUUACAGGGGCCGAUACAACAGCCUAUGCGACCAGAAGGAGAUGGAAGGGGUGGUAAUACGCGAUACAUUACUCUCAACAUAACAGAUGAGUUAGCUUCCCUCGAUGGCGACGACGAGCGCUACGUGUAUGCAGUCAACGGACGCGCAUUCAAUGGCGGUGAAGCUAUCUUCUUAGAAGAGGAUGAGGAGGUGGAAAUUGAGCUAAACAAUAACAGCAAGGAACUCAACACAAGUACCACGUUGCAUGCUCAUGGUAUCGAGCAGAUUGGCAGUGUUUAUAAUGACGGUGUUCCAGGUGUCUCUCAAAAUGUCAUCAAGCCAGGUGAAAGCUUUAUUUAUAGAUGGAGAGCAGCACAAUAUGGUCUUUACUGGCUUCAUUCUCAUUUUUCGGGCAUCUAUCAAGAUGGCCAAGUGAUUCCACUCUACAUCAGGCCCAAACAGCGCAAGAAUCCAUUCUCAAUCAUCUCCGACGACCAAGACGGCGUUAGGGCAUUGGAGCGCCACGACCAAAAUCCAACCAUCAUUACCAUCACAGACUACACGCAGUUGACGAUUUGGGAGCAGCUCGAGAAAGCAGAAGAGUGGCAAAGUGAGCUGUUAUGUGCCAACAGUCUGCUCAUCAAUGGCCAGGGCAGGGUGAACUGCCCCACAUCGGAACAUCUCUCCGAAUGGACAGAUAGCAACACAACGACAGCGAAAGGUUGUAUAGACAGAGGCUCGCAGCCAGGCUAUGAGAAUGUUACAUUCGAUAAGGAUCUCUGGUACACAUGCACACCUACCGAUGUACCUCUCCAGACGUUUGAAUUCGAUUAUGAGAGUGGAUGGGGAGUAAUUCAUUUCCUCAGUGCGAGUGGACACUGGAAUUAUCUCGUAUCGAUAGAUGAGCACGAACUGAAUUUCUUCGCCGCUGAUGGUAACUACGCGAAACCAGUCAAAGGAGAAGCAUUCUCGAUAGGGAUCGGGGAGCGUAUAGGAGUGGCUUUCCGUCUGCACACGCCAGGCGAGUACACGCUGCGCAUCUCAGCCUACAACGAGCCGCAGGUAAUCGGUCAAUUCGCCAUCAUAAGGUAUGGAUUGGCUGAUGAUGAUGAUAGGGUGGAAUACAGUGACCCGGCUUCGGAAAAUGAUCCAGGGAUGCCGUCCAUACCACUGUCGGAACCAUUUAUCAACUACGCUGGUCAGCCUGUAUCGGGUGAUAUACGAGUUCUGAAUGAUUCACUCAUCUCAUUGAAACAGUUUGCUCCCCCACUUAUCCCCAAGCGCGGGGAAGCGGCGGAUGUGACGUUGCAUUACUCACUCAGUAACGCCAACUUCCUCAAAUGGUCCAUGAGCGAGUGGGGCACUGUGGAGUACUAUGCCGCCAGCAACGAGCUCAAUAAGCCACCGGUACUGUAUGAUUUCGAGCAAUACAUCGGUGAUGAGUCUAUAGCGUCGUAUCCGAAUGGCAGUGUGGUUGAUGUAAUAAUCACAAAUGGUGCAGAUUAUGGCGAUAGACAACCUGCGCACCCUAUCCACAAGCAUUUCGAACAUUAUCACGUCCUCGCGGCUGGAACAGGUAAUUUCAGUUACUGGGAUGUAGUUGAAGCUGAGGAUAAUGGAGUGCAAGUUAACUGGCUCGAUCCACCUUAUAGAGACACUGUGCUGAUUCCAGAAAGUACAAUUGAUGAGGGCAGCUAUCUCAUCUUUAGAUACGAGAGCGUGCAACCUACAGCCGCACUGUUGCACUGCCAUGUUAACAUGCACAAUAUUGGUGGUAUGGCUUAUGUACUCAUCGCUACAGAUGAGGGCGGCACACCUGCAAUGCCUGAGUACUACAGCGUCAAGGCGCUUAAUAAAGAUCUCAACACGGUGAAUAGCGAGCUGUCGUAA